AUGAACCAUCCUGCUACCACCACCCUUUUCACUCCCAACCCCAUGCGGCCCGAUCAUGAUCAAUGGGGUAGCACACCACAAUCUCCGAACAACCCCUCCCCGUCUGCCUCCAAAGCAGCCCUUAUUGCCAUUCACCAGCCUUCGGCCUCGUUGGAUCAAUCUACCCCGAUAGAGUCCCUUCCUUUCGCCGGCCGCGGGAGACAGCUCAGCGUCCCCGAGCAAGUAUGCCUGGUCAAUCUGUGUGCGGCUGCCAUGAACGAUGAUGAUGCGCAUAACCAUCCGAAAUCUUUCUGGAUUAAGAUCUCCAACAAACUUGAAUUGCAAACUGGCCGCCGCUAUUCCUGGCAGUCAUGCCGCCGCCGGAUCCAAACCUACAUCUCCAAACGAAAGGCUCACUGGGAGGCGUAUGCGAACGGUGAUCCGUAUCCGGGCGUAGAUAUCGAUGCUGAAGUUUGGGACCUACUGACUUCUUGGUUGGCCAAAUACAACACACCUCGGGAUGUGACAGUCAAAGUGCCCCCUGAAGCCCCUGCUGCGCUACCUACUCGAGUAGAACCCCCGCAGGUUCCGGAGCCCGUCCGGGUCGUGCCCGAGCAGGGGUUGGUACAGGUCUCGACGAAAAUCGAGCGGGUUUGGGUCUGGCUGGACAGUCUCCCGCACGUGGAGGAUAUGGAGUCCAUGAGAACAUGGACGGGGUAUGUCGAUGCUCUGGCGGACUGGAUGUCUCGCUCGAAAGUCCGGCGGGAGCGUCGAUUUGUUUUCCAGAAAACCAAAACUGGCGAAGAGCAGCCUGAGUUUGGUGCGGACGGAAAUCCGGACCCGGCUCUGGCUUAUCUUCCCCAACCACCUCAUCAGCCCUCUCUUGCGCUACACGAU